AUAAUAUGGACAAAAGAAGGAAAAAGUUACUAGCUUACAUAUAACGCGUUGUGGAUACCUCCUCCUUUUCCUUCUGUGAUCGGACUUCAAUUUUGGGCCGACGCACCACCACCGCCACCGAUCAUCAUCUUCCGACACCUCUGAGCCAACAAACAAGUAAUUGAUUGGCCGGUAGAGUUACAGACUGAAAUUGGGGGAUAACAGUUGACCAAAAUGUCAACGCCUUCAAGGAAGAGGUUGAUGAGGGAUUUCAAGAGGCUGCAGCAGGAUCCUCCUGCUGGAAUUAGUGGUGCUCCCUAUGAUAAUAAUAUUAUGCUCUGGAAUGCGGUUAUAUUCGGGCCGGAUGAUACUCCUUGGGAUGGAGGCACGUUCAAGCUGACUCUUCAGUUUUCAGAAGAUUAUCCAAAUAAGCCACCAACAGUGCGCUUCAUUUCUCGAAUGUUUCAUCCCAACAUUUAUGCAGAUGGAAGCAUAUGUUUGGACAUCCUUCAAAAUCAGUGGAGUCCAAUUUAUGAUGUUGCUGCUAUUCUGACCUCAAUUCAGUCAUUGCUAUGUGACCCGAACCCAAAUUCACCGGCAAACUCGGAGGCAGCGCGGUUAUUUAGUGAGAAUAAACGCGAGUAUAACAGGAAAGUGAGGGAGGUUGUGGAGCAGAGCUGGACAGCUGACUAACCAGGUGUUUGGUUCAUGUCUAUCUCUUAUCUCUUCAUGGUCUGUAUCUCUGUAAUAUUGGUAUUAUAGAACCACUUAAAACAGUAAUAACGAAUAUUGUAUUGUGGGAACUUUGUUGGUUUGCAAGUCGGCUUUUAUUAUCUUUUAA